AGAUGAAUUUUAGAAUUAAGACCUUGAAUUGUAUAGAGUUACUAUUAUAACAUGGGUAUGGGUAAUAAACCAUUAGUAGACUAAUGUAUUAAUCUAAUCCGUAGCACGUGUCUCUGCGCCAUUGGUCAUUCAUAUGACCUAUUCAAGAUAGACUUACCCCUAGUAACAAUACGAGAUGGAUAUGGAUGGAUCAUCGAUGGACACUUCAAGCUAAUUCAUGUGGUAAAUUUGGAACGAUACGAACUGGCAACAAAUCGGCUCGAGUGGGCAAUAACUACCUUAAACGAAACAACAGCAUCUAAAGAGGUACUACUAUUCCAGCUAGGCAGAAUCCGCACAUGUUUAAUCGAACUAAGAGGUCAGAUUUAAACGAUCUAUUAACUGGAUUGGGCUUGGAAAUUGAUUGCUGGCUCACCUGAUGCUACGGACUGGGAUAAGGUCCUCCGAAACGAAAAUUCCCUUAAUAAAAACAAAGAGCAGCGGUACAAGGUGAAUGAUGAAAUUUUUAAGAAAACUAAUCAGUUAUUGCAGAGGCUCAAUGGCAUUGUGGUCGCCACCAAUUAUGUGAUCAACAAGAGGAACUUGGAUAGGAUUUCUCAAGAAGUCCAGCAUAAAAUCUUUAUCCUGAAAGAAGACGUCAACGAACUGAUCCGUGCUUGUCAGAUGGCUAAAGCAGGAGUCGUCAACACCAAUUUUCUGAGUAUAGAGGAAGUUAACCAGCUUGUCAGUGAGAUCGACGUUCUUCCAUACAGCAACGCCAUCGAAGCGAUUGAAUAUAGCAAACCAUCGAUCUACACCAACAACACACUCCUCUUAUACGUGUUGUCCCUACCAAAGGUCACAGAAGCUAGAUUUAAUCGCCUGAUCGCAAGAGCUAACAUACAGAACGGCGUCCGAGUGGAAUUGGCAUAUCAAACAAUCCUGACCAAUAAACAUCAGACAUUCGGCAUCAAGGAACACUGCUUGCAAUUAUCUGCUACCAUGAUCUGUGAAGGGAAAUCACUCGAUCUGCUACCAGAAUCUAGUUGCCUGACUCGUCUUCUCAAGGGAGGACAAACAAGUUGUACUUACGCUACCUGUAACGAUUCCACUGUUGAAAUCAUCAAGGAUGAUACCAUUUUCCUUGACAAUUUUAUAGGGAUUGUAAAAUCAGGUAACAAUUCAAAUACACUUAAUGGUUCUUAUAUCCUCCAGAUGGACCAUGAAACCGUAGCAAUCAAUGGCAAAAACUACUCGAGUACUAGUAGAUCAGGAGUACAGGAGCUUCCACCAAUCUUGGCCAGCGUCACCAACCGCAGUGUGGCAAUGAACCUUAACCUAAAACACGGGAUGACAGCUCAUAAUAUCAAGCUCCUGGGAUACGUCAAGGAGAAAACCAAUUGCACAUUUGGAGAAGGAUUACGGCGAAGAUACACCUACCUGCGUUGAACAUUGACAACAAGGCUAAUUCAAAAACCGAGGAACGUCCAUCCAAUCUGCGGGACGCAGACCUUUAA